AUGCAAGCCUACCUGGAUGACCAGGGCCGCAUGACGGAGCAGGAGGCCCAACGCCUUUUCCGGCAGCUCCUAUCAGCCCUGAACCACUGCCACAAGCGGGGCAUCGUGCACUGGGACCUGAAACCAAGCAACUUGUUCCUUGAUGUGGACCACAAUGUGAAGAUCGCACACUUCAGUCUGAGCUACGAUUACUGCCCUGGAGAGAAGUUAGGUACAUUCUGCAACACCCCUGCCUUCGCAGCACCUGAGAUCUUCCUGGAGUUGAUGUACUUAGGCCCACCUGUGGAUGUGUGGAGCCUUGGUGUUAUCCUGUACAUCAUGGUGACUGGGUUUGAACCCUUCCAAGGACAAGACUACCAGGAGAUGAAGCAGAGUGUGCUCACAGGACAUUAUCAUGUGCCCAAUGAUCUAGCAAUCAUCGUUAAUAGCAAGCAUGCAACAUUAAUAGCAAGCAUGCUGACCCUCGACCCAACAACCAGAGCUCCUUUACCCCAUGUUCGGCAGCAUCUAUGGGUCAAGAUGGAUGAGAAGAAGCCACUCCAGCCAGACACCAGUGGCACCCGUGACACCCAAAGCAGGAGUGGCAUCCACGGCAAGAGCGGCACCUGGGACAAGAGCCGUAUCGGAGACAUCAACAGCACCCAGGACAGGAGCGGCCACCUGGGACACCAACGGCACCUGAGACAGGAGCGGCACCCACGGGAAGAGCGGCACCCGAGACUCCAGCGGCACCCGGGACACCCACGGUACCUGUGA